AUGGCGUUCCAUUUCUUCCUUCCGCUACUAUCUGUGCUGCUGGCAGCGUGGACCACAUUCGUUGUAGCACAAGAUGGUUCAGACAUAAAAGCGAUACCUUUACGAACGCAUAGCUUGCAGCAGCCAUACCUAGACUCAGAUCUUCAAUCACGAUGGUUCGACUUCGGCGGAAGCACAGUGAUAAGAGCCGACCAGUACAUCCGUCUCACCUCGCAACAUCCUUCACAAGCCGGCUGGAUUUUCAGUCGAGUGCCCCUGACGGCGACGAACUGGGAGAUCGAAGUCGAAUUUGCGAUUCACGGCACAGGCAACCUAUUCGGCGAUGGCAUGGCGAUGUGGCUCACCAAGGAUCGUGCGCAGCAGGGGACGGUCUUUGGCAUGCAGGAUAGAUUCGAGGGACUAGGGCUGUUCUUUGAUACCUACAAGAACAACAGACCGGGAGUGGUCUUUCCGUAUAUCAUGGCCAUGGUCGGUGACGGACAGACGAGCUACGACCAAGCAAACGACGGCAAGGCGAAUGAAUUAGCUGGCUGCUCGGUGCGAGGCGUGAGGAACGCGGACUACCCGACCAAAGCGAAAAUUACAUAUUUCCAGGACAAGCAGUUGACGGUGGAUGUGAUGUACAAGAAGGAGGACGAGUGGACCCGCUGCUUCGAGGUGCCCAACGUCAAGCUCCCGGCCGUGACAUACCUAGGCUUCAGCGCCGAGACGGGAGAAUUGAGUGACAAUCACGACAUCAUUCGCGUGGAGACGAAGAACUUGUACUCUCCAUCUGGCUCCACCAAUACAGGUGCGGCAGGAAGCAAAGACUACAGCAGAGGCAAGGGCAGACCCAGCAAGCCUGCGAGCUCAGGUGGAAGCUGGUUCUGGUUCUUCAUGCGGUUUGUGAUUUUUGGCUUGGUAGUGGCGGGUGCGUAUGUGGGAUGGACGGUGUAUAGGGCGAGGCAGCGGGACAGGUUUUGA